CUGGCACGUCGAUACCAAAAGUAACAACAACGACUAGUCGACUGUCUGAAGAGCCGUCUUUUAUCCAACUUCUCCGGGGGACGACGAUUCCCCAAUAUAUUUUAAAAAUAGUUUUGUCCAACACAAAAGAGAGAACCAAUCAUGGAGACAACGACCACUCCUCUUCUCCCCGACCGAUGCGGGUGGCUCCGCCGUCGUCUCCGCCUCAAGAACCCUCUUUCCUCUGAACUCUCCGGCGCCGUCGGUGAUCUUGGCACCUUCAUCCCCAUCGUUCUAACCCUGACACUAGUCUCGAAUCUCGAUCUCUCCGCCACUCUCAUCUUCACAGGAUUCUACAACAUCGCCACAGGCCUCCUCUUCGACAUCCCUAUGCCCGUCCAGCCCAUGAAAUCCAUCGCCGCCGUCGCCGUCUCCGAGACCCCGCAUCUCACUCCUUCUCAGAUCGCCGCCGCCGGAGCAUCCACCGCCGCCACGCUCCUCCUCCUCGGCGCCACCGGAGCCAUGUCUUUCCUAUACAACAUCAUCCCUCUCCCGGUGGUAAGAGGCGUCCAGCUUUCUCAGGGUCUUCAGUUCGCCUUCACCGCCAUCAAAUACGUCAGGUAUGAUUACGACACUGCCACACUCAAGCCCUCUUCUUCUCCCCGUUCCUGGCUCGGCCUCGACGGCCUUAUCUUGGCUCUUGCUGCUCUUCUCUUCAUCAUUUUGUCCACCGGCUCCGGCACCGACAGAGACUGCGCCGGAGAUGGAGAUUUCGCCGAGAGUUCCAGCAACGAAACGCAAUCUCGCCACCGGAGGAGACUGCGUUUUCUCUCUUCGAUUCCAUCUGCGUUAAUUGUCUUCCUUGUCGGGUUAGUGCUCUGUUUCAUACGCGAUCCUUCCAUUUUCAAAGACCUUAAAUUUGGUCCGUCAAAGUUCAAGAUCCUGAAAAUCACUUGGGACGAUUGGAAGAUCGGGUUUGUAAGGGCGGCGAUUCCUCAGAUUCCACUCUCUGUGCUGAACUCUGUGAUCGCUGUCUGUAAAUUAUCCAAUGACUUGUUCGACAAGGAACUAUCAGCUACUACGGUCUCCGUCAGCGUUGGUGUGAUGAACUUAAUCGGGUGCUGGUUUGGCGCAAUGCCGGUUUGUCACGGUGCUGGUGGUUUAGCUGGGCAGUAUCGGUUCGGCGCAAGGAGUGGUUUGUCGGUUGUCUUUCUCGGUGUCGGGAAACUGAUUGUGGGUUUGGUGUUUGGGAACUCGUUUGUGAGGAUUCUGAGCCAGUUUCCGAUUGGAAUACUGGGGGUUCUCUUGCUGUUCGCAGGGAUCGAACUUGCCAUGGCUUCCAAAGAUAUGAACACGAAAGAAGAUUCGUUUAUCAUGCUGGUCUGCGCUGCCGUGUCAAUGACAGGCUCAAGCGCAGCCCUAGGGUUUGGGUGUGGCGUUGUUCUUUACUUGCUACUGAAGCUAAGAACGCUAGACUCUUCCUCGGUUGCUCUGUUUUCCCGGUCAAAUGAUGAUUCCGAAACAGCUUCUCAUGUGGCCUAACUUACCUUGAGGUCUGAAUAUUCAAAAUUUGAUGGCAGCCAAUUCGUCUUUCUCUCAGUUGCUGCCUCAGCCUCAAUUCUCAUUCUGUUUGCAAGUGCCAGGAACGAGUCUCUGGAUUACGAUCAAAAACUGCGUCCGAAAAGCAAUGGAGGAGCUUUCUGAUUCCAUUUCGUAUUUGUCGAUACAUCUGAGCUCAAAUGUUUGAUAUUUGCAGUCAGACCACACAUAGGUACGCAAUGGCACUAGCUAUGAGGAUGUUGUACGAGAGCUACGGGGUUGACGAGGAGAAACACUCGGCGAGACAUCUUGAUGAUACGAUACCUGUUGAGGAUGCUGAGUUACAGGAGGAGACAGAGAAACGGGGAAGCAAACACGGGUUUUGUGUAUCGCAUACUGAUAAGAGCUUCAUGUGUAUCCUCCGCUACACUCCUUUCGAGCACGACGUACCUCAACUCCAUGAAGAAAUCCAGCGAAGAUCUUCUCCACAUCUACUGCGGCUUCAACCAACCAACCCCUCUGAUCGGUGAUUACUCAUCGCCGCCGCAAUGAAUGCAUGUUUAUCCAAGUGUCAAUGUAAUAAUGUAUGAAUAAAAUAUAUAUGCGUUUGAUUUGCAA